CUGGAGAACAACCAGUCGCUGAGCCAAUGGCCUCCUUGUCCGCCCAGGACGUGGAGAGGAUCUUCUCCCUGCAGGAGGAGGAGGGCCGGCAGUGCCUGAGGAGUCUCCUGCAGGGGGGAGACCACCCCCGCCAGGACAUCCUGGCAGACAUCUACUACGACAGCCUCAUCUUCGCCGGCGAGGAAGGCUUCCCGUGGUCCGCCGUGGCCGAGGUGGUCAGCUUCAUCAGGGAGCUGCUGGAGGAAACCAGAGGUGUCUCUCUGGCCUCGGCCGUGGCCGUCCUCGGAGACAGGCUCCGAAACGCCGGGGCCUGGCUGAGCCCCUCUCGCCUGGGUGCCCUCUGUGCCUACGUCCACCACACCUACCUCUGCCACUUCCGGCUCUACCAGCUCGUCCUGGUCCAGGCACCCGAGGAGAAGCGGGCGACCACCCGCCUCCAGCUCUGCCUGCCACCGCAGCCCGCCCCACUGGCCGAGGGCACCGACCGGGACUCCUGGCUGCAUCGCCAGAGGCUGGCAGAGCUGAGCCAAGAGGAGGCCGAGAUCUUGAGCCGCCCGGCCCCGCCGCUGCUGGAGACCGAGCAGGCCCUGAAGGAGGCCCAGGAGGAGCUGGGGGUGCCCGGGGGGCAGGGCCUGGAGAGAGAGGUGCUGGAGAGCUUGGUGCGGGGGGCGGUGGGCGCCCGGCUGGGGGCCGCGGGCCGGCGGCUGCAGGCGGAGGUGGAGGUCGCGAUGGAGCUGCUGCAGCUGCGGGUCCGGAGGAAGGCCCUGAGCCUCUGCGCGCCCCCGCCCUCCCCCCCGCCCCGCACCCGGACCGACCCCGGCAAGGCGCCCCUCCCCAGGAACAGGAAGAAUUAGCAGCGCCCAGGACGGGACCGACCCCCCACCUCCCGCUCCUGAAAAACUGGCCCGGCGGUCGGGAAAGAUGGAGCGCUUUUUCCGACA